UCACUAGUCAACACGUGUCUCCACCGGCGGUUACCGGUAGCCGGUCACCGGCGAACCUUUUGCAGCCCCACCACAACCUCCUCCGUCAAAUUUUGCACAACUCGAAAACACACAGAUUUUUAUUUUUUUUUAAAGAAAAGACACACAGAGAACGAUGUUUAGUUAGUUGAUUAAUCUAUUAAUUAAUUAGUGGCGAUGGGAAAAGAAAUGAAAAUUAAGGAAUUAUUUAAUUAUAAAUUAAGAUGUGAUUUAAGGGGAGAUAAGGCCAUGUGAGGGGUCCUCUCUGAGAUUUUGCUCCAAAACCUUCCCCUUCAUCUGAUUUGCAGAGACUAACCCAAGAAAGGACCAACCAAAACCAAGUGCUUUCUUGGAGCUUGGUAGAGAGAGAAAGUCCCACUUUCUCUCUCUUCUCUUUUUUCUUUCUGUGUGUGUUGUGUGCGUGCGUGCGUCUGAGGGUACAUGCAAAACAGUGAGUUUGAGAUAGAGAAAGAAGGAGUUCAAGAUUGUUGUUCAAUUUUGCAAAAACUGCCCAUCAAGUACUUUUGUUGUUUUUUUUUUCGAUUUUGCUUCUUAUCCAACCCGUUCUUGAUUUGGAAGGUGAUUCCGGGAAGGAAUUGUUAGGGUGCUGCUGAGGCUGUUCAUCACCUAUCUUUGUGGUGUUGAAUUUGCCACUUCUGAUAAAGACAGAAGAAAGCACCGGAUUGAAGGUUGAGUUGUUGUUGUUGCUUGUUGCUGCUUCUGUCUCUUGUUGUGGAGACUAUGUUGGAGGGUCGUUCCUGCGUGGUUCCGAGGUUGUUUCCCAGUUCUUGCCAGGCAGAUAACAAGUGGUCUUUCAUGACAUACCUGCCGGACUUGGACAUAAAGAAUGGCAAGCGCCCUUUAGACACUGAUGGGGAGGAAGAACCCCAGCCAAGGAAGGUGAAUAGGAGAGUGGAUUCUCGCCAUCAUGGCGAGACCACUCGGUUCUUGUUUCAAAAACAAUCGUGUCAUGCUGAUGAUUCUGUUGUUCCACAAAUGGAUCAGGAUCGGAGGAAGGAUUGCGUGUUGUUGAGUAAUUGGCAAAGAGUUGAGAAGGCUGAUGCCUUUUCUGCCCAGCUUUUGGAUGAACGAGAGCAGCAUCGCGCUGGGGAUUCAUUGGUGGUGUCCACUGACCUUCAAUCUAAUAAAAAGGAGGAGGAUCAGUUAGAGGAUUCAUCAGAUUCUGGUGUUCAGCAAUCUGAUGAACAGAAGAUGGAGCAGGAGGUGGAAGGGGAUUUGCUGGAUGCUGGUGACCAGCAGCCACCUGAUGAUCAGGAAGAGCAUCAUGGUGGGGAUUCAUCAGAUUCUGGUUCUCUUUUGCCCCGAAUGAAUCGGGACAGCUCAAUCGCUUGUCUCAGCCGCUGCUCCAGGUCCGACUAUGGCUCUCUGGCCUCGCUGAAUAGGAGCUUUCGGAACACAAUCCGAAGUGGUGAGUUGUAUAGGUGGAGGAGACUUAAUGGGAUAAUAGAACACUGGAUUUAUUUUUCCUGUGCCCUCCUUGAAUGGGAGGCCUAUGAUCCAAUUCGCGAACGGUGGAUGCAUUUACCAAGGAUGGCUUCUAAUGAAUGCUUCAUGUGUUCAGAUAAGGAGUCUUUAGCUGUAGGAACUGAACUUCUUGUGUUUGGAAGGGAGAUGAGGUCCCAUGUUAUUUACAGAUACAGUCUUUUGACUAACUCAUGGACAUCUGGAAUGAGGAUGAAUGCUCCAAGAUGCUUGUUUGGAUCUGCUAGUUUGGGGGAGAUUGCUAUUUUAGCUGGCGGGUGCGAUUUGGACGGUCAUAUCCUUGACUCUGCUGAACUGUACAAUUCUGAGAAUCAAACCUGGGAACUACUCCCUAGCAUGAACAAGCCGAGGAAGAUGUGCUCUGGGGUAUUUAUGGAUGGAAAGUUUUAUGUUAUUGGUGGAAUUGGUGGAAAAGAUUCUAAGCUUCUUACAUGUGGUGAGGAGUACAAUAUACAAACUAGAACAUGGACAGAAAUUCCUAACAUGUCCCCUGGACGCAGUGCCAGGGGAGCUGAAAUGCCUGCAACAGCUGAGGCGCCACCUCUGGUUGCCGUUGUAAAUGAUGAAUUAUAUGCUGCUGAUUAUGCUGACAUGGAGGUAAAAAAAUACGACAAGGAGCGAAGAGUGUGGGUUACCAUUGGGAGACUACCUGAGCGAGCAGUGUCGAUGAAUGGUUGGGGUCUUGCAUUCAGGGCGUGCGGAGAUAUGCUUAUUGUCAUCGGUGGACCAAGGACUCAUGGUGAGGGUUUUAUUGAACUCAAUUCAUGGGUUCCCAGUGAAGGACCUCCACAGUGGAAUCUACUCGCCAGAAAACGGUCUGGCAACUUUGUCUAUAAUUGUGCUGUGAUGGGAUGUUGAAGAAUUGAAUUGUGAAAGGUAUCACACAUUUUGAUGCUUCAAAUCCAAUGAGUUGCACAACAUUGAUUCAUCCAUUGACACAGGAUUCUUGCUAAUUGGUACUUUCCCCCUUCUUUCUCGAUGAUAUUUUCCUUUCAAAGGCGGGGGAGGAUGGGGAGGAGAUUCAGAUAUUUCUCAAGAUUGGCUGAAAAGUUUUCCAAGAAGGAGGCUCUUCGGUCUUUUAUUUUUAUGUUCAAAAUUUCAGUUUCCAUUUUGUUCCAUUGAAAUUGGUAUCUUCCCCCAUUUACAUUUACAUGAAAAUUUUCAAAGCUUGCUAUCAUGUAGCACAGGAAUAGGUUAAAUAAUUGAAGUCUCAACACUAAUGUAGGUUAUUGGUGUUGUUUAUUUUAAGUUUUUCUUUUUUUCAAGAACACACAACUAGAUAUUUGAUUUUCAUGAUCAUAAAUUUUCUUAGCUUGAAGGAUGGGAAUAAUUUCCGAUAGUUGUUUAUUAAUUUUGGAUUAUUUAGCAAUCCAAUUUUCAUUUCAAUUCAAUUCUUGGACUAUGUAUUUUGAGCUUUCCCUAGCAUGGAGAAAGUAGUAUAUAGCCUGAUAAACAUUCCAUUUAUUACUUGUUGCAAA